GUUACCUUUCUCAUCUCGUACCGUGAAUCCGAAUCGAUUCGACCUUCACAAUCUACUCACAUCACUACACACGCCCACAGUCACCCAUAGGCUCGUGAUGGCGCUACACCACGAUACAGACGAGAACGUUCGAGGUAAAGUGCAAGGGUUCAGGUCCCGCAGCCUGAUCCAGGCCGAGAAAUGUUCGCCUGUACUGAGGGGGCUCACGCUCCGAACACACGAACAGCAACGGUCGAUGAGGAACAGGCCAAGAUCGUCCGUCGAAGAGCUCAGAACAGAAUGGCUCAAGCCAUACAUCGGCAACGCAGAGAAUCAGAGGUCGCCACGCUCAAGGGCCAGGUCGAGGCUCUUCAGAGGACGAAUGUCACUCUGAUGGACACGAUCAAAGCCUUGACCGAACAUCAGGCGGUCCUCACAGCUGAAAUCGCUCGCUUGCGAGGCGAUUCCUGCGAAAGUAGACGUCCGGCGAGCAUCACGGUCACGGUCCCCUCCACCUUGUCUGCCCCGGAAUCCGACCGACCAUAUCAUUCGGAUCGAGGACCUGCGGAUGUCGCUGCCGACGAUGUGGCGGUGGUUGCUGAGAGCGAUCCAUGGAGCUCGAGGCCUGACCUAUCGUCACAAGGAUUCGACGUGUCGACGAACAACACCGCCCGUCCGCCUGCCGGUGAAGGGGAGGUGAGACACCCAGGCGUCUUUCCUCCCAUCGACGAUCCGGCCUCGCACGCUCUCUCCUUGGAAGCCGCUGCGAGAUUGAUCGAAUCAUCCUAUCGAGACGUGACGUCGGUCACGGAGUGUGAUCUUGCGGAGACGUGGAUCAACGCGGCGUUGCCGAGCGACGGACCGGGAGACCUGCCAGGCUCGAGAUCGUCAGGAAGCGAAUGGCAACAAGGCAGCUUGGGGGAUCGAUCGGACGUCACCCCCGGGUCCGUAACGUCGCCUAGCGAGAUCGUCACCAUCCUGACCAGCCACGUCUUCCGGUCAUGGGACGACCUUGCCUGUCCGGUCAUCCAAGCCAUGUUUUUCGUCUCGACGGGACAACGAGACGCACAGGUCGCCGUUUUCGACGGUCUCAGAGCGCUCAGUAGUAUCGAAUUGUGGGACAAGCUGAAUAGCGGACGGCAGGUCGGGCGGGAUUUGCUUCUAGACGACUUGUGUGAGAGUUUCAAAGCAAAGUCGCGCGUCAAUGACAAUCCGAUCUUCACGGUGGAUGAUGUCGACGAGAUCCUGGCUACUGUCGAUUACUGCACCCUCGUGCGCUGCGCCUAGCCGGGUAAUUUCUCGUGAUCUGUAUCAAGUUCGUGAACAGCACAUGUUUGUAGAUGCGUCCUCGUGAGGACCCUCGUUCGAUGGAUCCCUCGGGGUACUGUAUGAGUACAAUGAGUGAUUUAGUGCCGAC